AUGAGCGAUCGAGGAAUGCCACCCGAACUAGGCAGAGAGCCGCUGCCGAGCGAGUAUUUGCUGGGUUCCCCGAAAAGCCAGAGAAGUGGAAGAAGCGGAAGAAGCCCUUCGCAGCGUUCACUCGGCUCCCCCAAAUCCGGCAUCUCAUCCAAAGCUCACAGAGCCUGGAAGGCUGCGAAUCCGGAGCUGGAGGUGUUGUCUGUGGAUGAGCUGCAGAAGCUUUUAUUGCUGAAGGACCAAGCCUUGCAGCUGCUGCACGAAGAGGUUGAGGAGCUGCAGAGUUCACUCAGAAGCCAGGAACUGAUGGAGGUGCGCUACCGGCAUCUGCAGGGUCUUUUGCAGCCUUCGCCUGGUUGCGAGGGCAGCAGGCAUUCUGCGUCGACCAUGCUGGAUAAGAUUGGUGAGGCUGGACGAGCAGCACACAUGAACCGCUUGCAUGCGUACCAUGCAGGCACUUCUCAUGGAUACACGGACUUCGAAGCUAAGGCCAUAGCAUUUCCAGUCGACGAGCACGGCCUUCUAAAGAGAGGCAUUCAUCAUGAUGUUGGAGCAUCAAUUUCAGAUUCAGCAAUGCCUCGGCAGCAGCGAAGCUGGUUGUACUGA